AUGUACGGUAACCGCAUUUCCCUCAUCUCUAAGAGCCAAAUCCGCUACAACGGAAUUCUGCAUGAUCAAGUGAGCUCGAUGGGCACAGAGGGCCGUCGCGGCAACUCUGUCGAUGAGAUCCCUGCUUCCAAGGACAUUUACGAGUACAUCCAGUUCCGUGCUACCGACGUACUGAGCGUCCAGUUUGAGACCGAUCCAGUAACCCCAGUCAAGGCCCAGCCGCCACCACCCAACGACCCGGCAGUUCUGGAGCGUAUGCAGGCUGCAGCCGAUAGAAACGCAGCGCAAGCUCAGGCCGAGUCCCCCGCCUACGCGUCUGUUGUUGCGACUCCUGACCCUGUCACUGAUACAGAGUCGGUCAGCGAGGCAAUGAGCGCCAGCAGGGUGGUUACAACGCCAACAACAACACCCGCGGUGGCUACGUUCCCCGCGGUGGUCGUGGGCCGCGGCGGCUACCAGCCCCGGCACGGGCGGCGCGUCGAGAUUCCCGAGUCCGACUUUGACUUUGAGUCGUCCAACUCGAAGCUCAACAAGGACGAGUUGGCCAAGGAUUCUCCAAGCUCAACGUGCAAGUCAAGACACCGUCCCUACACCCCCCUCACCAAGCAGCAGAGCAGCUGUGGCCACUCCCGAUGCCAUGUUGUCAGAAGCAACUCUGUGCAGGCAACUGACGGAGAAUCCCAGCAGAAUUUCGAGACCUUUGGCCAGACGGCUGCUGAUCUGAGCCGGUUCCGCUACAACCGCUACCACCGGGAGGAGGCCGCGGCGGAGCAACCGAACAACCCCAGCAGCAACGCCAAUAGCGGCUGGCGAGGCGGGCGUGGCGGUCGUGGCGGGUUCAACCGCGUUGAUGGUCACAACACCAACAACUACCGCGGCGGAUACACGCACCACAACACCAGCCAGCGAGGCAGCUACAACGGCAGCGGCGGCCACUAUCAGCAACAGCAGCAGCAGCAGCAGCAGAAUGCCGAGUCCAGCAGCUAG